UUACUGAACUUAACAAUGAGAGUGAACCAGUGAUUCCAUCAAAUGUUAUGCCAAAUCUUGCCCAACUUCGAUUGGUUAAAGAAGCAGAGCUCCACAGAGGAGGUAUUCUGGGGAUUGGUGCAUUUGGAACAGUUUAUAAAGGCUUUUGGAUUCCUCAAGGAGAGAAUGUUAAAAUUCCAGUGGCUAUUAAAGUGUUGAAUGAUGAUAAUUCUGAAACAGGACCUUCCAAUAACAAUGCCUUCUUAGAGGAAGCUAAAAUCAUGGCUAGUGUGGACCAUCCCAAUGUUUUGAAACUGCUAGCAGUUUGUGUUGCAUCCCAGGUCAUGCUAGUCACCCAACUCAUGCCCUUGGGCUGCUUACUAAAUUAUGUCCAGUACAACAAGAAGAAAAUUGGUUCUAAACCACUUCUCAACUGGUGUGCUCAAAUAGCCAGAGGCAUGGCAUAUUUAGAGAAAAAAAGAAUGGUUCAUCGAGACCUUGCUUUGAGAAAUGUACUUUUACAUAAUCCAGGUUGUAUAAAAAUCACAGACUUUGGGCUUGCCAAGCUACUGGACAUCAAUGAGGAGAGUUACAAAGCUGAAGGAGGAAAGAUGCCAUUGAAAUGGCUAGCUUUGGAAUGUAUACAACAUCGUAUCUUCACCCACAAAAGUGAUGUUUGGGCAUUUGGAGUGACUGUUUGGGAGCUUCUUAGUUAUGGAGAAAAACCAUAUGAACAUCUAAAAGCUCGUGAUGUACCAGACCUUCUUGAGAAAGGAGAGCGGCUACCACAACCAGCUAUUUGUACAAUUGAUGUAUAUAUGAUAAUGAUAAAAUGUUGGAUCCUAGAUGCAGAAUCUCGACCCUCUUUUAAAGAGCUAACUGAUGAAUUUUCCAAAAUGGCUCGUGAUCCAGGACGCUACCUGGUGGUACCAGGGGAUAAGUUGAUGCGGCUCCCCACUUACACUAGACAAGAUGAAAAAGAUCUUAUUCACACUUUGAGUAUGAUCAAAGAAGGUCCUGAAGUGAUCAUGGAUGCUGAAGAGUACCUGCAACCAAAAACCAAUUUGUCCAGUGUUUCAGACUGGUCACCUCCUUUAACACCCAUUGAAAAGUUCAUGUUUGACUGUGGAUUUGAAAGCCGUUCUUGCUCACCAAAUACAAUUUCUCAAUUUGACUUCAGUGAGCAAUUGCCAUCUUCAUCUUAUAGAUAUUGUGCUCAACAUGGCACAAGGUGUGGAUGUUAUUCAAUGGAUCCUCUUCAAGAAGAAACACACUGUGAUGAAGCUGAUGAAGUAAACCAUAAGAGCACAACAUUACCUAGGGAUUUCAGAAAGCAAAAACCAGACUAUCUGAGACUUUCAGUUGAUGAAGAAGAUUAUCUUCUACCUUCUCCUCUUGCAACUAAUCAGCUAGCAAACUACAUGGAUUUAAUUGAGGAUAAUCAGAAACCUCCCAGUUAUUCUUCAUGUGUAACAAGCUCUGGUCAAAAGAUCCAACAGAAUGGGCUUGAUAACCUUGAGUACUUACUGAUGAAUAGUAGCCAUGACAACUGUGAGACAGAUCCACCCUCAGAAAACAAUAUUUCUGGAAAUGGAAGCACUAAUGAGCAAGAGUUUAAUACUGCUGUGUUUGAAUGGAAACAGGAGAUUUUACCAUUAAACCAAAGAAGCAAUGAGUCAACAUUGUAAAAUUUGUUAUAAGUGGCUCACAAGUGGUUUAUUUAUAAAAGAACUCUCUUUCCGGAUUAUACAAACGUACUGUCUUAAAAGAAGACUUUUCAGAACUUUUUGUAAAAGUGUAUUUUUUUAGCAAAUGUCUUGAAACGUUUUUAUUUUGUAUAUUCUUUCUGUUUUUGUAUUAUAUUUAGUUUUUAUAAUGUGCAUCUGGUCUAAGGAAACAAGCAGUUCAGCUUAUAUAUAUAUAUAUAUAUAUUUUUAAAAAUCAUAAUUUUUUUCCUUACCAUCAACCAAGCUAUCCCUUAUUGGUUAGCCAUAAAUUAUUAUACAUAAUACUUGCGGUAUUUAACUUUUAGUGCAAUGAUUCCCAAACUUUUCUUGAAUGUCAUUCCCAGUUCAGACAUCCCAAAUCUGUGCAGCUUUCUUUGCUACAUAUGAAUUUUCUUUGUUACCAAACUCAUAACCCCAACUUGGGCUAUGACACCAGGUUUGGGAACCAUUACCUUGGUGGUUUCAGUCACUUGCAGUGCAGGGCAGACUUCCUUUAUUCUUUAGGUAAAACUAUGCUCCAAUUUUGACCUAAAUUAUAAGCUAUUGGUGAAUGAGUAUAUUCAUUGUAUUAAGAUUUUUAUAUAUAAAACAUAUUUUGUAAUAACAUGUUCAUUAGCUGUAAUAACUAUAUUUUGUAUGCAUUUUAAAAAUAGGUGAUUAUAGAGUGAUACAUCAAAUGAGAAUUAGGAAACUAAGCAAAGCAAUGACAGGUUUAUAGUUUAGUAAAGAGGGAUUUGAAUUUAAUUCUUUAGUUGUGCAUCUUGUAUCUUAAAUUAUAUUUAUGUGAAUGAAAAUGAUCUCUACUUACAAGGCAUUUUUUAAAGCAGAAAUAACUGGUGGGCAAGGCCAGUGAAAGGGCUAUUUCUAUAUUCAUUCAGUAUUAUCCCUGCCCUAAAUAUGGGGUCAGGAUACCCUGGCCUCUUAGGAUAAUAGGAUUGCUCUGCUAUAUUAUAAUUGAUUAAGAAAAGCCAUACUAUGAUAAAACCUGUUUCUUUACAAAAAUAUUUUGUCUCAACAGUGCUAUUUUAAAGGCCACACUGGUGAGUCAAAUGGCUCAAUAGGAUGUAUGUAUUGUAUCUGAAAACUAUGUUGCAGCACUCCUUUACAACUUCCUGCUUUUCAAACUAGACUAAAUAUCAGACUCUACUGGAAAAUGACUGCCAUCAGGGUUUAGUUUCAGAGCUGGAAACUCAUUCAGUUAGAAAGCUGAAUGCAUUUUCUGAGUGUACAAAUAGAAUGAAUCGUAUGAGCUUAAAACUUUGAUAUAAUAUUUAGAUCUGCACAGUCAGGUUGCAGAUCUUAUGCCUCUCUGAUUAGCUGCUUUAAACAAACACAGGAGAUGUGUAUUCUAACCUUCUGUUGGAGACUUUUGAAAUACCUUAAAGUUAUUUAACUAUAUAAACUUUGAAAAUCAGUUUGGAACUAAACUGCUUAAAUUUAGUGUUAUAAUUGAAAAUAAUGUUUGUUGUUAUGCACAAAGCUGCACAAUGGGCUAUCUGUGCUCUGCCCAUUACAGGAAUCAAAACCUGGUUUAUUGCAUUAUAAGCCUACAGACUUCAGGCUGUGCCACUGGGGAGUUUGAAGAUAAUUAGUCCAAAUUAUAUGAUAUAAAGUGUAUUUUUAGGCAAAACAUUUAUUUAAAAUGUGAUAUAAUUAAGAAUCUAUAUAAUUGUAAAAUUUUUCUGUAUGUGCCUUAACAUUAAACUGGUAUGUACAAACAAAUAUUCUAUAGUUCAGUCAGUUUCUAUGAUUUUGUUGGUAAAUUGAAGAGGUAUUCAAUGUGCAGUUUUGUUUGUUCUUUUUUGUAUUUUUAACAGUUUGAUUAGAUUUGGACAAAAUCUUUUAAUAUCUAACAUACAUACAUAUAGAUCACAAUAAUUAAUAAUAUGUGCCAAGUCUUUAAUAUUUGUUACUGUUUCCAUCUGUCACACAUGCUUAUGACUUCUUUCCUGCUCAUUUCUUAUUGAACAAUGCUGUAAAUAUUUUCUCAGCUGUCUAUAUCUAGAUAGUAGGAUGUUCAGGCAUGUUAGUAAAUCAGGGAAGUAUGAUUUUGUGUGUGUGUACAUGGGCACACAUGUGAAAGUUGAUGUAUAAUCUUCUAUAGUUGAUGUCUAACCUAUUUUUUUUUCAAAAAAAUAGUCAUAACUUAUACAUGAGUGUUACACUCACAAGUUUUAAUUUUCAGUGUUAAUGAUUUGGAAAGUGUAUAGGUAUAAUAAAUCAAUAAAACAGUUUAAUUGG